CAGACUAAAAGAGGAUGCAAUAGAGAUCUGAAUGCUUACGCGUAAAAUUAUUGAGCGUCUGUUCUUUCGCAGAAUUCUUUAGCCACUUGCUAAAAUGUCAUUGGAAUAUAACUGAACUUGCUGAACAGAGACAAAAAAAAAUGUGAAGCACACACCUGGUUUAUGUCAGAAAGGCACUAGGACCUAGAGGAAUUGCCCUGCCUUAUGAGUCAGACCUAGUACUGGAGCUCCCUCAACUCUUGAAACCAGUGAAUGAGAGAACAGACAUGUGAAUGGCUCAGCUGGGGUUCAAAGCACUUUGUGGACUAAGCUGCAGGAGGCUACAAAUCAACUGGGUCAUCCUGAACUUCAUCUCUUUCUGGACCUCUGCAUAAAGCAUACAGGUGAUACUACUUCUUUAAACAAACUGGCAACUUUGCAUGUAAAAUGCAAAUGUUAAUGCUAACGUGACCCUGCCAUCAAUAGCAAAGGGUAAGGCAAAUCAUUAUCUAGACUGCACCUUGUACUGAUGGUAUGCUGGGCCUCAACUCAGCUCAGCGUCUGGACGCAAUAAAGACGGAGCAGGUUUCCCUUUUGAAAACUCAAAGGUGGAUAAAGUAAUGUCCAUGUUAUAUUACACUCUGAUUAUAGCAUUUUUGAUUGGCAUACAGGCUGCACCAAAGACCAAGGACCAUGCUCCAGCAAGGUCUUCUACAAGACCUCGCAUUCCACAUCAUACACAUCGGACUAAAUCCCUUCAUCGUUCUCAUGGGAAGAUAGAUGUAAAUGGACCCUCAAACUUUCAGAAUUUUACAGUGGACCCUAAACUUUUCAAAAAAAGGAAAUUUCGCUCUCCAAGAGUUCUGUUUAGCACACAACCGCCUCCAUUGUCUGAGGACUGGCGGAACUUGGAGUAUUUGGAUGAUGAGGAGUCUCUCAAUAAGACUAUCCGGGCUAAGAGGACGGUGCAUCCAGUUCUUCACCGCGGGGAGUACUCUGUGUGUGACAGUGUCAGCAUGUGGGUUGGGGAGAAGACCACAGCCACAGACAUUAAGGGAAAGGAGGUGACUGUUUUGGGGGAAGUGAACAUAAAUAAUAGUGUUUUCAAGCAGUACUUUUUUGAGACCAAAUGCAUGGACCCAAAGCCAGUGUCAGGUGGAUGUCGUGGGAUUGAUUCAAAGCAUUGGAACUCUUAUUGUACCACCACGCACACCUUUGUCAAAGCAUUGACCAUGGAAGGGAAGCAAGCAGCAUGGAGGUUCAUACGGAUUGAUACAGCUUGUGUCUGCGUGCUAAGCAGGAAAGGUCGCUCCUAAGUGGAUACUUUGUUGCUCCCAAGCUCCUCCCCACCCCUACCUCAGCCUGUAAAUUAUUUUAAAUUAUAUGGACUGCAUGGUAUAUUUAUAGUUUAUACUGUAAAAAAGAGAAGCAUUAUUUAUUAUUAAACAGUUUUCAAAAUU